UGGGUGUUAGGUGGGUUUGACUGGUCUGGUUUGGUAGGCGUUGGGUUCGUUACCUCCCUCCCUUCCCGUUCUGCCUCAGCUGCCUUUGCCUCCCUUUUUAAAGCCCCCAUCUCUUUCCUACCCCUUCAGAGAAGUCUCUUGUAGCUCUCAACAACCACCAAACUCCCAACUACACCAAACCUGAGAGAAGCUUCUCCACCUCCAAUUCUGCAUUUGCAGUUCUUCCAAUUACAAAUCACAGAUGGAUCCAUCAUCAUCUUCUUCUUCUUCUUCCGGUUCAUUGAAAGUUUCGCCGUUCGAUCUGAUGUCGGCUAUAAUCAAGGGCAAAAUGGACCCUUCCAAUGCUUCCUACGACUCAGCUGCUGAGGUGGCCACCGUCCUGCUUGAGAACAGGGAGUUCGUUAUGAUUUUGACUACCUCCAUCGCGGUGCUUAUCGGCUGCGUCGUCGUUUUGGUCUGGCGUAGAUCCGGUUCUCAAAAACCUAAGCAAAUCGACUCUCAUAAGCCGUUGCUCGUUAAAGAACCCGAACUCGAAGUCGAUGAUGGCAAGAAAAAAGUCACCAUCUUCUUCGGUACUCAAACCGGCACCGCCGAAGGCUUCGCCAAGGCUCUAGCUGAGGAGGCCAAAGCACGCUAUGAGAAGGCGACGUUUAAAGUUGUAGAUUUGGAUGAUUAUGCGGCGGAUGAUGAUGAAUACGAGGAGAAGAUGAAGAAAGAGAAUUUGGCUUUUUUCUUCUUAGCCACAUAUGGAGAUGGUGAGCCGACUGAUAAUGCAGCAAGGUUCUAUAAAUGGUUCACUGAGGGAAAAGAGAGGGGAGAAUGGCUUCAGAACAUGAAGUAUGGAGUUUUUGGCCUCGGUAACAGACAAUAUGAACAUUUUAACAAGGUCGCAAAGGUGGUUGAUGACAUCCUUACCGAGCAGGGAGCAAAGUGCCUAGUUCCUGUGGGUCUUGGAGAUGAUGACCAAUGCAUUGAAGAUGACUUUGCUGCAUGGCGUGAACUAGUUUGGCCUGAGUUAGAUCAGCUUCUGCGUGAUGAAGAUGAUCCAACAACUGUUUCUACCCCAUACACUGCUGCUGUGUUGGAAUAUCGUGUUGUAUUUUAUGAUCCUGCAGAUGCAUCUCUUGGGGAUAAGAACUGGAGCAAUGCAAAUGGUCAUACUAUUUAUGAUGCUCAGCAUCCAUGCAGGUCUAAUGUGGCUGUGAGGAAGGAGCUUCAUACUCCUGCAUCUGAUCGUUCUUGCACCCAUCUUGAAUUUGACAUAGCUGGCACUGGACUUACAUAUGAAACAGGGGAUCAUGUUGGUGUUUACUGUGAGAAUCUAGACGAAGUUGUCGAGGAAGCAUUGAGAUUAUUGGGUUUAUCCCCAGACACCUAUUUCUCUGUUCAUACUGAUAAAGAGGAUGGCACGCCACUUGGUGGAAGCUCAUUGCCUCCUCCUUUCCCACCUUGCACUCUAAGAACAGCACUGGCACAAUAUGCUGAUCUUUUGAGCUCACCCAAAAAGUCUGCCUUACUUGCUUUGGCUGCUCAUGCCUCUGAUCCGACUGAAGCUGAUCGACUAAGACACCUUGCAUCACCUGCUGGAAAGGACGAAUAUGCACAACGGAUGGUUGCUAGUCAAAGAAGCCUCCUCGAGGUCAUGGCUGAAUGUCCUUCAGCCAAGCCACCUCUUGGUGUCUUUUUUGCAGCUGUUGCUCCUCGGUUGCAGCCUAGAUACUAUUCAAUCUCAUCCUCGCCAAGGAUGGCGCCCUCUAGAAUUCAUGUAUCGUGUGCAUUGGUGUAUGAGAAAACACCAACAGGUCGCAUUCACAAGGGAGUUUGUUCAACUUGGAUGAAGAAUUCUGUGCCCUUGGAGAAAAGCCAAGACUGCAGCUGGGCGCCUAUUUUUGUCAGGCAAUCAAACUUUAAACUUCCUUCAGAUACUAAAGUGCCCAUUAUUAUGAUUGGCCCUGGUACCGGAUUGGCUCCUUUCAGGGGAUUCCUUCAGGAAAGACUUGCAUUGAAAGAGGCUGGAGCUGAACUGGGUCCAUCUGUAUUGUUCUUUGGCUGCAGGAAUCGGAAAAUGGAUUACAUUUAUGAAGAUGAGCUCGACAACUUUGUCAACAGUGGUGCACUUUCUGAGCUUGUGGUUGCCUUUUCACGUGAAGGACCUACCAAGGAAUACGUGCAACAUAAAUUGAUGGAGAAGGCCUCAGACAUCUGGAACAUGAUUUCUGAGGGAGCUUACCUAUAUGUAUGUGGUGAUGCCAAGGGCAUGGCUAGAGAUGUCCAUCGAACUCUACACACUAUUUUGCAAGAAAAGGGAUCUCUAGACAGCUCAAAGGCUGAGAGCAUGGUGAAAAAUCUGCAAAUGACUGGCAGGUAUCUACGGGAUGUAUGGUGAUGAUUAUUAUGAAAAGAAAUUGCCUGAACAUUAUUUAUAUGUAAGGAGGCCCUGCUGCUCGGACGAAAAAGGCUGGAGAGAAGGUUAGUUGUAAUAUCACCUUCUGUGCCCUUAAAAGGGAGGAAAUUAAAAAUUUAUUGUCAUCAACGCUCUCAGGUCUGUGAUUCUUUUUUAGUAUUGGAAUGUGAAGGGAUUUUUUGGUUCAUGUAAUUUUUAUGUAUACAUAAUUAUUGUAGUAGGUAUAGUAAUGGACUCUGAUUAGGUUUGUUUUCCUUGUACGAACCUGCCAAAGGAAAGGAGGUUCAAAUGACAAGCAAUUGUAGUUGUUACUCCUACGUGUAACUCUACUGAAGGGACUUAAUUUAAGUUUGGAAUCUCAAAGUGAUUGCUUCUAA